AUGGGAGACUUGAUGAAAAGACAAUUUGACGUAUUAGACUUGUCCGGACAUAAUUAUCUUGAACGGACAGUUGAUGCCCAAAUGAAUUUAAAGGCUCAGGGAUUGGAACAUACAAUCAAAGAAAUUACCAUCCCAGGAAACGAAAAAGAUGCCCCUGCUCAAGUUAAAGUUCCUACUGAUCAAGAGAAAGCAAAAGCUAUAGUUCUCUUAAGGCAUCAUUUACAUAACAAUUUAAAAACUGAGUAUUUAAUGGUGGAAAAUCCCAAAAAACUAUGGGAUAGCCUGAAAGGAAGAUAUGACCACCACAAAAGGGUACUACUUCCUUCAGCACAGUUUGAGUGGACAAAUAUGAGAUUUCAGGACUUUAAAUUUCAGCAAUACCGUGAAAGAGGUUUUGCAAAAUAUUCAGAGCUUAUUUCUACAUUAUUGGUUGCUGAAAAGAAUAAUGAUCUUCUGUUGAAGAAUCACAACCUAAGACCAACUGGGUCUCAAGCAUUCAAUGAAACAGAUGCUGUAGAAAGCUCAAAUCCACCCGCGAUAAAUGUUGCUCAUAGAGGUGAAUGUGGAAAAUAUAAUAACCGUGGCAGAGGUCGUGGAAAUUUCUGCGGACGUGGCCGUGGACGUGGUCAUGGCCGUGGUAGAGGCCAUUUCUCCCCCAGAAACAACACUCAAAGGGGGCAUCAACAAGGAAACAAAAAUCAAGCCACCACAAAAGGAAAAGACACAUGUUAUAGAUGUGGCAUGACUGGACAUUGGGGACGUACUUGUCGUACGACAAAACAUUUGGUAGAGCUUUACCAGGCUUCCAUUAAAGGGAAAGAAAAACAUGUCAAAGCAAAUUACGUUAAUGAAGAAAAUGUCCCUAGAAUUAGCCUUAAUGUGUCUGAUUUCCUCAUAGACAAUGGUGAAGCUGGUGGUGAAUUUACCAUUGGAGAGAAUAAUCAUGUUUAG